GCUGUAGUUAAAAUCAGUCCAAUGCAACAGGAGUUUCAAGAACAGCAGCACAAAAAUGAUGACUUAACUGAAUGGAGUAAGAAGGCACAUAUUUUCAAGAAAACAUCUUUAUUCUUAAAGUAGAAGUUUCCCUUCAAGAUGACAAGUAGUUCAAACUCUCCAGGUUCUUACUUGCCCUCAAAAACAAGAAGUUCUAAAAUAGAUGACAACUAUUUGAAGGAAUUGAAUGAGGACUUAAAACAAAGAAAGCAGGAACUGCUAGAGAUGCUAACACCUCUUAAAGAUAAGAACAAUCUCUUAUUCCAGAUGUUAAUGUCUAACUUGGAGGAAAAACAAAGAAGUCUGCAGAUUAUGAGGCAGAUCAUGGCAGGGAAGGGGAGUGAAGAAUCCUCAGUCAUGGAGCUCAUUAAGGAAGCAGAGGAGAUGAAGCAGAAUCUGGAAAGGAAAAACAAGAUGCUUCGGAAGGAAAUGGAGAUGCUAUGGAACAAGACAUUCAACACAGAAGAAAUCGGUGAUCAACAAAAAACACCACAGAUAAAAAAUAAAGCAAACUUACAGGAUGGAAAGGCUCCCCAAACCCCCUCAUCACCCAGGAAGAUCAAGAAUGAAUUGGAGACAUCAUGCGCAGAGAAACUGAAGGAGAUAAGGAAGGAAAAGCAACAGAGGAAAAUAGAAUGGGUCAGAUAUCAGGAACAAGCCAACAUCCUUCAGAAUGCUUUUAACGGAAAAGUGAUUGAGCUGAGAAUAGAAGCCUUGAAGAACUACCAGAAGGCCAAUGACCUGAAAUUAUCACUGUAUUUACAGCAGAAUUUUGAGCCAAACCAAGCAUUUUUCAAUCUUCCCGGGUCCCAAGGUACUGUGGGCACGACCACUAUGGGCAGAGCAACUACAGGCAAAAAUGAAUCUGAUGUGAGAAUCCUGGGAUCAAAGACCUGCACAGAACAACAAGGAACUAAAAGAAGUCAGUGUGAUGAUGCAGGAGGGAGGCUGUUUCUUAGGUCACUGCCAGAUGAAUCUCUUGAAGUAUUAGAAGACUUUCACUCCAUUUGCUUGGACAGAUUUCAAGACUAGGCAUAGCCAUUUGUGUUAAUUAAAAUCCCUCAAACCUUU